AUGAAGGGAGCAAUAGUACUAGCUGCGGUGGUAUCUGCCGUCGUGGCGUCGCUCCCAGCUGACGCCCUUGCCGAGAUACAACUGGCGGGUGCAAUUGCUCGGUUGUUCGGUCUCGCAGCACGACCGAGUCCUGCGACGACCAGCGUGAGCUGCUGCCGAGCGACAUUUCUUCAGACUAGAGCUUCUGUGUCCCAGAGUGCCAUUUCAGACGCACGGACUGAUAACGACGAUGACCUCAAGGCCCAGUUCGAAAUUCUGAACACAGACCGUUAUGAUCACCUUUUGUUGACGGCGCAGAGGAAAAGAAAGAUAGCAGAGAAGCUACGAGCAGCGGCUGAUAGGGCACACGCGGCUGUCGGGCCGUCCACAGAUCCGGAGAGGCAGAGGGAGAGCGUGGAGAGCUCCGCAGAAGCUGCCUUUGACCGCAGCCAGGCCGAUCUGAUGGAUAGACAAGCAGAGUUGCUUGAAGCUGAAGCAAACCAGGUCAAACGCCUGAUCGAGAGUGUAAAAGGCACCGCCGCCAAGCCCUCUGAGGCUCCCACUGCAGAUUGUGAUAUUUUAAAAGUUGGUCCCGUCAAGUUUGUUCCUCAAAACAAAGUUUAUGCUCACAGCGAAACAAUGGGCCGGAUCACGGGAACCGCUUUUACGGUUCAUUACAAACAUGCAGUGAAGGCGACUUUUUUCUGGGAGGGAAUAGACCUGCCAAUCAGAGCGAUUGCAGACUCACCCAACUGUUUCUCAUUUAAGUACCGCGGGAAUGAGCAAGUGCUCUGCGUGUCUUCUAGGAUAGGCCGUGACAGUUGGAUUGACGCGAUGACAGAGUCGUGGUUUUGCAGAAAUAUGGGUAUCAAAGGAACGCUGCCGAGUGUUAAGACCGCUGUUGCCGAAGCAAAAAAGGAAAGACUUUUUCCGCCACCUCCACCUCCACCAGAAAAGAAGCCAAAGGCCGCCCGAGUCAGUGUAAAAGUCAGCAUGGAUAAAAAUCAUCAAAUGCACGUAAAGGUGAAUGGCAAGGAACAGCCGGUUGGCAAACACGUGACUAUCGAUGCUGCUGAGUACGCCAAAAAGGCACAAAGCGCUGAUUAUAAUGACACCAUCUUGGGGCUAUCAAAUGCGGCCAGACAACUAGAGGAGAAGGCAGAAAACCUGGUCGUGGGAGAGCCGCGGCGUCAGCGGGAAGCUUCAGAGGAUGAGGCGGAAGCCGAGGAAGGAAGCGAGCAUGAUGAAUCAGAGGAGGAAAUCUAA